GCCGAAUUUUGGACAAACUCACCUAACUCUGAAGAAGACCAUGAUACGCUUAAAAACCUAUAUAAAAAUAGGUUUUUAAAUACUUCUUCACAAUCUUUGUCAAUGGCUGAAUCAUUCUGGAACUGUUUUCGUAAUAGUUAUGAUGCAAAUUUUAGAGGAAUUGAUGAAGUAAGAAAAUUUAUAUCUCCCAAUGCUAUCAAUGCGGCACGAAAAUUUUCUCAUAUUAAUGGGCCUGGAUGUAUUGCAUUAGAAAAAUCUGUAGUUACUCGUUCAAAAAUGCCAGAA